AUCAACUACUUUCCACUGAAGCUACCUGUGAGUUGUUGCUGAUUCGUGCAUAAAUACAUUCUGGUGCACUGCAGCGUCUCUGAGGAUCAUGUUGUAAACGAAUAAGAUAGUUAAGAAGCAAAGGUUAUAUAGGGAUUCAAGUGCUUUGAAAAAAACAACUUUCAAGAUGCUGGUUCCAAUUUUCACCCUGAAGUUGAAUCACAAGAUCAACCCACGUAUGGUAACUGUGGGGAAAUAUGAUGGUAAACACCCCUGUCUCACCUGUGCUACCACUGCUGGCAAGGUGUUCAUCCACAACCCUCACACACGUGGAGAGAGAGGAGGAAGAAUGGAGGGUUCAGCAGACACAGACAUCAGUUUACUGAACAUCAACCAGGCUGUGAGUGCAGUGUGUGCAGGGAGACUGGACGCUUCCAAACCAAAUGACAUCCUGAUGGUGGGCACACAGACCAACCUCCUGGCUUAUGACGUGGACAAUAACUCAGACUUGUUUUAUCAAGAUACCCCUGAUGGUUCCAAUGCUAUCAUAGUGGGUCACCUGGGCUCCAUAGAUACCCCUCUGGCUGUGGUGGGGGGCAACUGCUCCCUACAUGGAUAUGAUUAUGAGGGCAAUGACCCCUUCUGGACAGUAACAGGUGACAAUGUUUGCUCCCUGGCCAUGCUAGACUUUAAUGGGGAUGGAGUUAAUGAGUUGAUAGUUGGAUCUGAAGACUUUGACAUCCGAAUAUUCAAAGAAGAUGAAAUCAUUGCAGAAAUGACAGAGACAGAGACCAUCACAUCCCUGUGUAAAAUGAUGGGGAGUAGGUUUGGUUAUGCCUUGGCCAAUGGAACAGUAGGUGUAUAUGACAGGACAGCUAGGUACUGGAGGAUUAAGGUAAGUAGGUUUGGUUUUAUGUUGGCCAAUGGAACAGUGGGUGUAUAUGACAGGACAGCCAGGUACUGCAGGAUUAAGUCCAAGAACCAGGCAGUCACUAUCAACAGUUUUGAUCUGGACGGUGAUGGCGUACCUGAGCUGAUCACAGGGUGGAGCAAUGGCAAGAUUGACGCCCGCAGUGACAGAACUGGAGAAGUUGUGUUUAAGGAUAAUUUCACAAAUGCCGUGGCAGGAAUCGUUGAUGCUGACUAUAGACUGGAUGGACAACAGCAGCUGAUCUGUUGUUCAAUAGAAGGAGAAGUGCGUGGUUAUAAAGCAGCACCCCAGGAAAUGAAGGGCAACCUGAUGGACACUAACGUGGAGCAGGAGACCAUCCGAGAACUCAGCCAGAGAAAACAGAAUCUCCUCCUUGAACUGAAGAAUUAUGAAGAGAACCAGAAAGCUGCCCAGUCCAGCAGACCGUCUGGCUUGGGGGACCUGGACCAGGGCCAGAUGGGGAUCAUUCCAGCUAACACUCAGUUACAAACUACUCUACAAGUCAAUCAUGGGAAGGAGGGUAAAGCUCCUCAUGUUGAACUGAAUGUUUGUACUACAAAUGACACAGUUGUAAGAGCAGUGCUGAUAUUUGCUGAGGGCAUAUUUGAAGGAGAGAGCUAUGUUGUUCACCCAGUCAAUGUGGGAGUCAGCUCCAGUCUGAGAGUUCCUAUCAUUCCACCCAAGGACGUCCCUGUGGAUCUUCACAUCAAAGCUUUUGUAGGAUUAAGGAACAG